CACGAUGCCAACUGAUUCUCUGACAGUCGCUCAUUUACUUGCGAGCAGAUCGACACAACGCAUCGUCUAUCAGUCCGUAUUCGAGUUUAAAAUGUGAAGUGACAAUCCUCUCAACCCAUUAUGUACAAAACUGGAAUGUCUUCCACGGCCACCUGCUGCAUCUAAUUCUGGGGAGGACUUCAGCGUGCCGGUGCUCACGAUUCUGGACGUGGACCCGUGCAUCGGCGAGAACGGGGCGAAGCACAGGACGUCGAGAUACGAGGCGAUGACUCGGCGGGGCGACGGGUCGAGGCUCGUCGUGAGACGCGGCCAAGAGUUCUACCUGCACCUCGCCCUGUCCAGGGAUUACGACCCGAACACGGACGGCAUGUCGAUAGUCUUCACCGUGGACGGGGCCGAGAGGCCGCAAUACGGCCACGGCACCCUCGUCGCGACCCCCGUCCUCUUCCCCGGCCAACGAUCCGAGGCUUCUUGGCCGGCUUACGCCGACUCCCUCCACUCCGCUUUCCUUCGCUUGAAGAUCGUGCCCGCCCCCGACGCGAUAAUAGGCAAGUGGAGGAUGGAGAUCGACACGAAGAACAAGAGCACGGACGGGGCGGUGAGUUACACGAUGAAGCAGCCGUUCUACCUCAUCUUCAACCCUUGGUGCCAAGAGGACGCGGUUUACAUGGAGGACGAGGAGGAGAGGCAGGAGUACGUGAUGGCGGAGGACGGGCUGAUAUGGCGCGGCAGCUACAAUCGUCUAAGGCCGACCGUGUGGAAGUAUUCGCAGUUCGAGCGUGACGUAUUGGAUUGCGCUUUGCACCUGAUGAUCCAGGUCGGCAAGGUUCGAGUCUCGGCCAGGCACGAUCCCGUAGUCGUAACGCGCGUCCUUUCCGCGGCCGUGAACUCGCCGGACGACAACGGGGCGGUGAUGGGCAAUUGGUCGAACGAUUUCGGGGGUGGCACGCCGCCCACCAAGUGGCUGGGCUCGCAGAAGAUACUGCAGCAGUAUUACAAGACCAGGAAACCGGUCAAGUACGGCCAGUGUUGGGUGUUCUCGGGCGUGUUGGCGACCAUUUGCCGUACUCUGGGCCUACCGUGCCGCGUGGUGACCAAUUACGCGAGCGCCCACGACACGCAGAGCAGCUUGACCGUCGAUUACUUCGUGGACGCCGAGGGGAAAGCGAUGGAGGAGCUGAACAGCGACUCUAUAUGGAAUUUCCACGUGUGGAACGAGGUAUGGAUGAAGCGGGACGACAUAUCGACGGAGUAUUCCGGGUGGCAGGCGAUCGACGCAACCCCCCAGGAGUUGAGCGAGAACGCUUACCGCUGCGGGCCUGCCUCCGUGGUCGGCGUGAAGAGGGGCGAGGUCCUACGCCCUUACGACAACGCUUUCCUGUUCGCCGAGGUGAACGCGGACAAGGUGUUCUGGCGGUACAACGGGCCCACGCAGCCGUUGAAGCUGAUCCGGAAGGACGCUUACGGAAUCGGGCAAUUCAUCAGCACGAAAGCGGUGGGCAGAUGGGCGAGGGAGGAUAUCACUCACACCUACAAGUAUCCUGAGAAAUCGCAAGAGGAGCGGGCCGCCAUGUUGAAAGCGUUGCGCCAGAGCCAGUCCCUGUUCAGUCGUUAUUACCUGAACGACGAAUUUAACGACGUCACGUUCGACUUCGAGCUUCGGGACGAUAUCGUGAUAGGACAACCGUUCAGCGUGGUGCUGUCGAUCAAGAACAGGAGCGAUCGCAAGGAGUACGAGGUGACGGUGAUUCUGAGGGUGGAGACGGUGCUGUACACGGGGAGGGUAGGAGAUCCGGUGAAAAGAUGGAGCGUGGAACGAGUGGUGAGGCCGGGGGCGGUGGAGGAGGCGCGCAUGGAGGUGUCCUGGCAGGAGUACGGGCCCCGAUUGUUGGAUCAAUGCGCGUUCAACGUCGCCUGCCUGGCCACCGUCAAGGACACCAAUUUCGAGUACUUCGCCCAAGACGAUUUCCGCGUGAGGAAGCCCGACAUAGCGAUCACGCUGGAGAACGAGGCGGUAGCGGGGAACGAGUUGAAGGCGACGGCGAAAUUCCAGAAUCCGUUACCGAUCCCGUUGAGCAAGGGCCGAUUCCUGAUCGAGGGGCCGGGUUUGGACGAGCAGUUGAAGGUGAAAUUGUCGGAAGCGGUGAGAACGGGGGCGUACGCCGAGUGUUCGUUCUCCAUGGUGCCGAGAUACGAGGGACGCGCCACGAUUGCGGCCAAAUUUUACUCCAAGGAGCUCGAGGACGUGGACGGUUUCGUCAAUUUUAUGGUGAAACCGAACGGCGAUUAAACGCGUCGCCUUUUCUUUUUUUUCAUAAUCUCUAAUGUCGUUUGUUACGUUUCUUUUGUUUCGAUGAAUAAUAAAAGUUUUGAAAGUUU